CUCGCCGCCGUCGUCGACGCAUCCAUCUGGCGUCGCCCCAAUCUCCGCCUCCGCAUCGCGCACAUCCACCACGUCGAAUCUCGAGCAACCGAAACCACUUAGUACGACACAAUCACGAGACAUGUCUGCCUGGGUCUGGAUCUUGGGCGCUGGUGCCACUGCUUUCUUCGGCCGCGCAGCACUCGUGGCACUACGAAGAUCAGGUGGUGGUGCUGGAGCAUUAGGACGUGGAUACUACAAGGGCGGCUUUGAGCCCAAGAUGACACGGAGAGAAGCCGCGCUGAUAUUAGAAAUGCCCGAACGCGGCAUCACAAAAGAACUCCUACGCAAGAAGCACCGGUCGCUCAUGCUUCUGAACCACCCGGAUCGAGGCGGUAGCCCAUACCUGGCUACCAAGGUCAACGAAGCGAAAGAGCUACUCGAGAAGGAGGUUAAGGGAUGAACAAGAGGGG